UUUGGAUUUCGUGAGUCCGCUUGGUUUAAAUUUAGUGCCUCUGAGGGUUAGUUACUUUCGAAAUGGGCAAACUUUUUUCCAAACUCUUCGGAAGUAAAGAAAUGCGUAUUCUUAUGCUGGGUCUUGAUGCUGCUGGGAAAACAACUAUCCUUUACCGAUUAAAACUUGGAUCAAGCGUUAGCACCAUCCCAACUGUUGGUUUUAACGUUGAAACCGUAACUUACAAAAAUGUAAGAUUUAAUGUUUGGGAUGUUGGAGGUCAAGAAAAAAUCAGACCAUUAUGGCGUCAUUAUUUCACUGGAAGUCAAGGUCUUAUAUUUGUUGUUGAUAGUUCAGAUCGAGACAGAAUAGAAGAAGCUAGACAAGAAUUGCAUCGGAUAGCUACUGAUCGUGAAAUGCAAGGUGCUGUCAUCUUAGUAUUUGCGAACAAACAAGAUCUUCCUAAUGUUAUGAAACCUAAUGAAAUUCAAGAACGUCUUAUGCUAGCACGAUUACAUGGACACAUAUGGUAUGUUCAACCGUCGGUUGCUAUCAAAGGUGAAGGUCUAUAUGAAGGUUUAACAUGGCUUAAUGCAAACUAUAAUUCUCGGUGAAUAAUUCUUACUUUGUUUCUUUUGAAAAUCCAUGUUCUCUUUAUUGUUUUUGUGAUGAUUUAAUUUGUUUGUUUGUUAAUUUCUAAGAAAGAAGUCAUCAAACAAUCGAAAUAAUAAUAACCGCAUAAACCUAAUUCAACCUAUGUACCAAUUUUGUUUUAUUUAUAUUUUCUGUGUUUAUAAAACUGUAGCUUACUUUUUCCCCCCAUUUUUUUCAAGAUUUUUAAUACUUCUUCAAAUCGACUUGUAUUAAUUUGUGCACGGCAUUUCUCCCUUGUAUUUCCUACUUUCUUUCAUAUUAUUUUAUCAUCCCUUCCAAAUUGACAGAACUCAAAUCAAACACAUAAGUAGAUAUUGUGUUACUCUAUUUGUAUAGGAAAUUCUGAAUCGGAUAAUAAUAAUAAUAAUGAUAGCGCUUUCACAAUAACUCUUCCAGUUUUCACCUGCUAUAUAUAUAUAUAUAUAUAUAUAUAUAUAUAUAUAUAUAUAUAUAUAUAUAUAUCGUAUUGUCUUAAUGCUUUUUGCAUUAGCGUUGUUGUUGUUGUUAAUAUUCUAACUAUUUGAAUAUUUACGAGAAAAUGAACAAAAGCAAUUGAUGUUUUCUUAAUUGUAUUAAUAAUAAGACUUCUGCCAGUCUAUACAUGUAUUAAUUAAUUAUUGUCAAAUAUCUCCUUCCUACUCUUACUCUCUUGGUUUGUUUGUUUGUUUUCUAACUACUCCUUAAUCUGGCAUAUCUCGAUGUGCAUGUUUAACCUUUAUGAACGCUAAUUAAACUUUCUUUAAAAAUAACGAGUUAUUAACUGUAUAAGAAAUAGAACAGAGCUAUGAUUCUCUUUUUUUUUCUAUUCGUAUGUACAAUUUAUUAAUAAUUUCUUACCAGUCAACUGAGUACUUCUGUGUGUCCUAGUGAUUGACUAUCACAGUUUGUUUUCUUUUCUAUUUCUAUGAGUGAUUAGUCUCCAUUACAUCUUUCUUGUUCCUGUCUAUUCCAGGAUACUUUUCUUAUUAUCCAUAAAGUGUAUAAUUUGUUUCUUUCAUAUGUGUGAUAGAGAGAUGGAGAACAAUCGUGUUACAAAUAAUUAAACUGAUAGGAAAAAUGUUUAUAAAACUCACUUUUGUCCUAUUCAUCAUUUCGUCUAUUCCCCUGCCUCUCCGUCCUUAUUUAUUUUUUAUUACUUUUAUAUAAAUAUGUGAAGUAGGUGAUCAUUACAGAAAUAAGGUCACCUUGAACACCUAGAUAAAACAUCGAUUGGUGUCGAUUAACUAUUCUAAACGUGACAAUUAAUUUUUAUCCUUUUUUCAAAUUGCUUUACAACUAUGUGCAUCUAUUACGCUAUAUAGAUGUGUAAAAUUCAUUUUAUAGAAUUACUAACCAGAAAUAUACUAGGUUGCAUAGUGUUAUUUGUAGUAUUUUGACAUCUUCAGUAAAAGAAGUAAAUUGCUUUUUGGGGGGGGUAUUAUUCAUUAUUGCUUUUUCGAAAUUCUUUUUCCUCUCUGCUAAUACCAAUUACGGUGAAUUAGGAUUUUGGUGUUCCCGGUAUGUGUUUCUCUUCUCUCCCGUUCAUCCAUUUUUUUUCAUUGAAGCUUCCUAGGUUUUUAUGUUGUAUUUAUCUUUUUCUCAUAUAUAUUUCUCUGUGUAGAGAGAAACGAAUAAUAAUAAGAACAAAAAUAAACAAAUUUGUUACAAACUGUGGUCCUUUUUUAUUAAAUUUGGCUUAGAGUCUUGAUUGUUCACCAAUAACAGGCAAAUAUAAUUGACAUAACUCCUGGUCUAGACAAUACGUCGUUCAAGUUACAGGUGGUUUUUUUUCUUAUUAUGGAGAUUAUUGUUUAUGUCUGUUAUUUUCUUUUCUCAAUUCAGUAAAUGGUAAUAUCUUGUUAGAUAUAUAUUUAUAUCUUAAGAGCAACAAAUGAGACUAUGUGAAUAACUUUUCAAAAAGUUAUCCAUUCAUAAUAGCUAAUAUAAAAAAUGUGAAAUAAAAAAAUCAGCUUAAAUUUUCUACCAUGAUUUAUGAGGUUGUCAACUAUCAGGUAAUUUGUGUUGAGACAAAUAAUCAGUGAGUGUGUGCUGUAAUGAGGGUGUCCGAAAACUGUUACUGAUACAUGACGUACUACACACUAACUCCCCAGCUGGAUACUUGAGUGAAAACACAAGAGUGGCCGAGAAAGUAUAUUAGGCUAUCGAAUAAAACGC